AUGCCAAGGUCUUUCCUGGUGAAAAAGGUGAAACUGGAUGAUUUCUCCACCGGGGCGGAUUUGGAGAACGCCUACCGGCACCGGACAGACCUCAGCCUGCGGCUGCAUGACAAAGCUGGUUACAUCAGCGACUACAUCAGCCCCGUUGUGUACGAUGGUGAGAGCGACAGCGGCAUCAAGGUUCCAUCUCCGGAUCCCCUCUACGAUGGCAUCCACAGCGACUAUGGGGCUCCCGAUUCGGAGUCCCCCGACAGCCCCGGCUCGGAAAUCACCGACGGCUACAUCAACGGAGACGCCGCCGUGAGCGAGGGCUACACGGUCGACGCCUUCUUCAUCACCGACGGCCGCUCGAGGAGGAAAGCUCUGGGCAGCCCGCGGACCAUCCAGAGGCACACCUGCAACGAAUGCGGCAAAACCUACGCCACGUCUUCCAACCUGAGCCGGCACAAACAGACACACCGCUCGCUGGACAGCAAGCUGGCCAAGAAGUGCCCGACCUGCGGGAAGGUGUACGUGUCCAUGCCCGCCAUGGCCAUGCACCUGCUCACGCACGACCUCAAGCACAAGUGCGACGUGUGCGGGAAGGCGUUCAGCCGGCCCUGGCUUUUACAGGGCCACAUGCGCUCGCACACGGGCGAGAAGCCGUUCGGUUGCGCCCACUGCGGGAAGGCCUUCGCCGACCGCUCGAACCUGCGCGCUCACAUGCAGACCCACUCGGCCUUCAAGCACUUCAAGUGCAAACGCUGCAACAAGACCUUCGCGCUCAAGAGUUACCUGAACAAGCACUACGAGUCCGCCUGCUUCAAAGGCCCCUUCUCCCCCCUCGGCCCUCUAGAUGCAUGA